AUGAGGUUGGCAGGGGGCCCCGUCACCCUGAGGACGCCCCUCUUGCUGCUUGGGCUCUGGGUGGUGCUGGCUCCCACCCAGUGUUCUCAAGGUCGCCCCUCCUGGCGCUACAUCUCCUCCGAGGUGGUGAUUCCCACGAAGGAGCUGCACCACAGCAAAGCCGUGCGGGCAGCAGGCUGGCUCUCCUACAGCCUGAGGUUUGGGGGCCAGAGACACGUCCUCCACAUGCGGCGCAAGAGACUCUUUUGGCCUGGACAGCUGGUGAUGAUGACUCAGGAUGACCAGGGGGCCUUGCAGGUGGACUACCCCUUUGUCCCUCUCGACUGUUACUACCUGGGCUACCUGGAGGACGUCCCUCUCUCCAUGGUCACCGUGGACACGUGCUAUGGGGGCCUGGAAGGCAUCCUGAAGGUGGACGACCUUGCCUAUGAAAUCAAACCCCUCAAGGAUUCCCAGAGGUUUGAACACAUCAUUUCUCAGAUCGUAGCCGACACUAACGCCAUAGGACCCAUGUCCAGUCUGGGACACAAGGCUGAGAGGUACCCGCUGUUCUCUGACCAGAACCCCAGUGCAGCCUCCAGGGUCAGCAGUAAGAUCUAUGCAUCCCACAUUGGAGCUAUGAAAGGCUGUCUUAUGAGUGCCCAUUCCAUUUAUACUCUGUACAACAAUGUGUCACAGUGUGCCCAAUACCUGGUACAUCUAGGUAGUAUGAUAGACGCCAUGUUCAGAAGUCUUAAUAUGAGGUACUACAUCGGCCUCCUGAUCAUUUACAAUGUGAGAGAGCCAACCGACAUGAACAACUAUAAAGUGCCAGGUGGUCCAUUUGCUAAUGAUUAUGCUCGCAACAUUCAUAAGCAUUAUCUCCCAUAUCCAGGCAUAAUUGUGAAAAGAGAUGGACCCCAUGAAGUUAAUUUUAAACCAGAGCUAUACACGCUGUGUGGAAAUAGAAAUCUGAUCUUUCUGGGUCAACUAUCCAGACAUUAUUUACUGUUAUCAAUUAUAGCCUCCAACCAAAUAGGGACCACUUUUGGUCUGUGGUUAGAUACGGUGGAGUGUGUUUGCCAGAGAAGGGCCACCUGCAUCAUGUACAGAUACCCUGUGUUGACAGAUUCAUUCAGUAACUGUUCUUUUCAACACACAGCACACGUACUUAAUAAUAAUAUACAACUCUGCCUCUUCCAAGAAAGAGGGCAGCUGGUGUAUUCAAACAGUAGCCUGACAACCAUUCGAUGUGGAAACUCUGUGGUGGAAAACGAAGAGCAGUGUGACUGUGGGACCUUCAAGCAGUGUUACAGCAACACGUGCUGCGAAAGUGACUGCCGCUUUUCACCCGGGAGCAUUUGUAACAGAGAAACGUGCUGCACAAACUGCACCCAAGCACCUGCAGGGACGCUCUGCAGGCCGAUCCAGAACAUCUGUGACCUUCCGGAGUACUGCAUGGGGAAGGACACGAAUUGCCCCAGUGACUUUUAUCUGCAAGAUGGAACCCCGUGCACUGAGGACGGCUACUGCUAUGAGGGCAAUUGUACCGACCGCAGUAUGCACUGCAAGGAGAUCUUUGGGGAGGGGGCGCUGAGCGCGCCAGACGUCUGCUACAGCAUCAAUAAAAAGGGCCACCGAUUUGGACACUGUAAAGUUACGAUUGGAUUCGCGCCACAACGUUGUGCGGACGCUGACGUUAUGUGUGGACGCCUACAGUGUGUCAACGUCACUCAUCUGCCUCGGUUGCAGGAACACGUGGGCUUCCAUCACUCAAUCAUCGGGGAGUCCUUGUGUUUUGGGGUGGGUGCACACCGUGGGACAGAAAGCACUGAUGUUGGUGCUGUGAGAUCUGGUACUCCCUGCGGCGGUGGAAAGUUUUGUCUGAAAGGCUUCUGCAAUGCUACCUUGGCGGCCAUAGACUACAACUGUCCCCCUUCGAAAUGCAACUACAGGGGCGUGUGCAACAAUAACAGGAACUGCCAUUGCCAUGUAGGCUGGGACCCUCCCCUGUGCAUUAACAGUGGUGCGGGAGGGAGUGUGGACAGCGGACCCGCUCCAAGAAGAAGGCGGUCAGUGAGGGCAGGUGGUAUGUCACUGGUGUAUUUGAGAGUCGUUUUUGGUCGCUCGCUUGCCCUCAUAGCGGCACUCCUCUUCGGCGUAGCCAUGAAUGUGAGAACUAUCCAGACCACUACAGUCACUGAAGUGAAAGUUGGUGGAAAGUAA